UAGAAAAAUUGCACACGCGCAAAUGGUUACCCCUCAUUUCAGCGGGAACUCAGCUCGAUAGAUGACACCCUUACCGUGGGCUCCAUCUCAAUUUUGCAAAUACAGUCCGUUACAUUUCAAAACCUUCACUCUCUUUCUCUCCCUCUCCCUCUCCCUCCCAAUAUCUCACCAUAAUCAGGACAUGCGAACUCGAUUUCUCGGCACGGAUCACUUCAAUUCCGCUCCAAUUCCAGCCUCCGAUUUCCUCCGCUUCCCUCUUCCACAUCUCCCUACUUCAAACACCUCCAAUUUCGAAGACCUCCAUUGUUUUCACCAACUUCCUACCCUCAGUAGCGAUGUUAAAAUCUGGAGAUUUCCGAUUGACGAAACUCUCUCUCGUUUAUUCUCAUAUGUAUUUCCUCAUAGGAUUGAUGUUGAACUAUCCGAGUUCGAAAAUCCUCGACCGUUCGCUGGAAAGCCCGAGUUUGAUGAGCAAGGAAGUUGCAGUCCCGAGGAAACAAGCAGCGGAAUUACAACUUCAGAGGGGAUAAUGGUUCCCUACGUCAAGGGGAAGGACAAUCUUGAAAUGGUCCAAUUUGAAAUUCCAGAGCUGGAUUCAUACUCACUUCCAUUGAUAGAAGACAUCCCUUAUUUUGGAAAGGAGAACAUGUUGAUUCCCUCUGAGAUUUCAGAUGAUGAAAAUAAGCUGGAUAUGCCCGGUCUUGAAGUUAGGCUUCAACAUUCCCUUGACACUCUGCAAUCAAUUUGUUCAGUGGAUGACAUUAGUUCUGUGUCUAUUGUGGAGAAAAGCUCUGAUUCGAUGGAAGAUAGUGGUUCGCGUCAGGGGAAAUAUCAUUCUAGUACAGAUUUCUUUCCUCUUCUUGAAGUGGACGAGGCAGCUUUGGGUAUUGUCAGUGACGACUAUAUAAAGGAGAAAGUUCUAAUCUUUGAAAAUAUUGAGCUUCAGUGUGAGACACCAGGAAGUGAAGGAAUGGGGAACGUGAAUGAGCUUUUGAAUUCCACAACAUUUGGUACAUUGCAACACCUGUCAUAUGGUAGUUUAACAACGGACUGCCUUGAAGUUGAAGUUCCGUGCUUGAAAUUUUCUUUAGAGAUGGAUUUGAUAAGUAUUAUUGAACUUGAGAAAAACUCGGUGAUCCAUCAAGGCAUAGAAAAUGAAGGUCCAAUAUGGGCAGGAAGCCCAAUCAUUUUUGAUGAAUUGCAAUUCUUUGAUUCAGACCUUUAUACUUUUUGUGAAUUGCUGUCUGAAGCAAAAGUGGAUGUUGAGGAUACAUGUGAUCUGAUGUUGAGGGAGGCCGAGAAUUUCAGGAACUUUGACGAAUUGAUCGUUUCCCAUGAGCUCAUCCCUGUGGAUAAUUCUUUCAGAUCAUUGCCUGUGCCACUAGUUUCUGAGAAUGGAAAUAUUAAGUCAUUGCACUUGUGUAUUAAGGAAAUCCUAGCUGAGUUGGAACCACAGUCUUCCACCAUGUCUGAUAGAUUAUACUUAGAUUGGCAUUUUGUUGAAAAUGAGAAAUGCAAGUGUCAAGAAGACUUCUUCAAUUUAUCGGGAGAGAUAGAUGCUAACAACAUUGAUCUUUGCUUGAAUUUCAUCGACAAUGAGAUGCUUGUAUUCAACUUUUUUUUUUCUAGUGAUAGUCCACAAGAACCAAAUAGAGUGGAGAGAAAAGAAAUGUUGAGUUUACCUUCCGAUGCCACUCCUGUUUCUCCCAUGCCUUGUAACAUAGAAGUGUCAACGAAGUUGCUGAAGGAUGGUAAGUUCUCAACUGAAGGAGCCUCAUCCCAAUGUAGUUCUAAAAAGGCAUCUUUCUUUGAUGACUCUGGGUCAGAGUUUAAUGAUCUUGACUUUUUCUUAAAUCCAAAAGAGUAUGGUAGAGACAAAGACUAUAAACCAACUGGCAGUUCCAUUGAUACUAAUGCCAUGGGUGAGAGAAGCUUUCCCUCUUCUGCUACCACAUUAGUGCAACCUCAGCAAUGGAAUAUCAAGGUGCAUCAAAUAUUGUUGUCUUCUGAUAUUCUACUUCUAAUUGAUGAUCUUAGGAGAAUUUUUCAAGUUAUAUUUGAGAGACAGAGAGAGUUAAUUGAGACUCAGGAUCCAUCUCAAGCUGUGGAUGAUAUUGCUAUUCUCCGAAUUUCAAAGAAAAAGCUCAUCAACUUGAUUAAGAAAAGUGUUGUGUGCAUGAGUUCUUUGUACCAGGAUGGUGAUAACACAAUGUCAUUGGUCACAUUGUGCGCGAUCAAACAGAUGGUUUGGUACCUGUGCUACUAUGGUCUGCAUACAACCUAUCUAUACAUAGAAAAGUUGUACAGAAGCUUGCCGGAAUUGAACUCUAAACUUGACUUCCUCUACAACUUCAUAAAAGAUGUGCAUCAGAAGGGUGAAAAGGAUAUGCACAGGUGCCAUCCAUCGCUUUCUGUUAUUAAGGAUAUAUUGCAGGGGUGUAUGAGCCAGGGUAAUUCAAAAAUAUUGAUUGUUGCUGAGCCAGUGUUCUGGUGGUCAUUGAAGAAACUAUUAACAUCCAUGAAUAUUGCAUUUAGUCAACCACAGAACGGGCAAAAGAACGACUUUUACCACUUAGAAGAUGCCGGCAUGCAAAUGGUUUCACAUUGCUGUUUAGUAACCCAAGAGCAUCUGUUUGCCUCAUUUCCAUUUGACAAAUUUGAGAUUAUCUUGGAAUACGGAGGUUCGCAAGGAUCAUCUAAAGUAUCUUCCAUCUCGCCAAAGUCAGGCAGAGUUCCUCCUCUUCAUUUUCUUAAGGUGGAGCUGGAGGACCCCAGUGUUGCGAAAGCACUUUGUGAUGGCGUUGACAUGCUCAACACAGAUGAACCUACUAUGGGAGGAGGUCCUCACUCUUUCUCAGCUCUUAAUGAGAUUGAUGUUACAUUUGAAGAACUGCUGAAUUUCCUUCCAGUGGAAAAGAACUUGAAGGGUGGAAGCAUGGAGGCAGUACUGCGAAAUGAAUCUUGCUCUGCUGCAGCUCAACAUGCAGUCUUCAGUUUAAGAUCUGAGCAAAAUCGUGGAAGCGCAGAUGGCUUUCCUGAGACAAUCAUUAUUGUUAAUACACACAAUUUUGAAAAGGAUAUGGUAAUUUCAAGGAGAAGUACAUACCAAAAGAUUCUUGCAUUCGAGAAGAAAGGAGUACAGGUCAUAGAGCGUGAUUUACGUCAGCCUGUUGAUAUUAUAGUUAGUACAUCAGCUUGCCUUGCCUGGUAUAACUGCAAAAACAUUGCAAAGAAAGCUACUGCCCCAGAUGAGGCUUUCUCUUGCUUGCCUCUGUGUGUUGGGAAUAUUGCAGCAAGUAUUUUGACGUCACUCAGUUUUGCUUUCAGUUGCUGCAUCCUGGUCUUUGAGGGAGAAAGUGACUUUAUAUCAGGAAUUAUGGAGUCAUCCGAUGAGCUCUAUGCUGCUGCUGCUAGCUUGGGCAUGGAUAUACAGAUCUUUUAUUCAUAUUCUUCUGAUAUGACUGAUGAGAUCAUAUUAUCGUGUAUCGAACUAUCGUCGAGGACAAGCACAGGGAUCUAUUCUAAGAUGCCUGAGUCACAAACACUGGCAGAAUCCUUCCUUACUGCAUUUCCUUCAAUCAAUUCCCUCUCAGCUCAUGCAAUAUUGUCUUCAGCAGGCUUGCUUGUUGAGUUUCUGGGAUGGACACGAGAACACAGAAUUCAUGCAGUUCAGAAAUAUCAGGUUCCUGAUGAAAGCAUCAUAUUACUGAGUGCUUUGAGCAGAUUUGGGGAGCGGGAGGAUUCUAAAUCGGGAAUGACAGAUUGCUCCUCUUCAGUUUCUUCUGCUCCAGACUCUGAAAGUUUUCAUUUCAAAAGAACCUAUUGGGGGACGAACCGGAAAACCACCCGGGAUUUAGCGAAUCUGGAUAUGCCUAAAAGUGAAUUAAAUGAUCUUGAUCCACCCAGAACAUUUUCUGAAGGCAGACUGCAUCAUCCCAGAGCAUCUGGCCCCCGUGAAAGUGAAUUAUUUGAUCUUGAUCCUCCAAAAACAUUUUCUGACGGCAGACUGCAUCAUCCCAGAGCAUCUGGCCCACGUGAAAGUGAUUUAUUUGAUCUUGAUCCACCAAGAACAUUAUCUGAAGGCAGACUGCAUCAUCCCAGAGCAUCAGGUCUGUGUCAUCCUUUGUUUUCAGAAGAUGUUAACUUGUUCGAUGAAUUUAGGAAGUCCAGCUUAUCAUUUGACAACAAACCACGUGUUCACAGACAGUCAUUUGACACCUAUGUGACGAAAGAUCUUUUUAAAGUAAUUGAUCCUUGUGACUAUCAGAUGAGAAAAAAUCCAGAGAUGGGAGGUGGUGAGUCAGAUAAAUUUGAGGUUCCACAAAUUGAAGUGUGUUUGCACCCAAGAGAGAGAGUUGAUGUGGGUAUGUUGAAAAACUUGGGUAGACAAAACAACUAUUCAGAAAAUUUCAAAGAUGAUAUCACAGGUGAGGUCAUUAACAUUGAUGAUACUGUCGCAUUAGGCAAAGCUUUUCAAAAUGCAAAACACAAGGCCUUUUCUACCCAGGUGCAUGCAAUGGAGUCUCCUAGAACAGGAGUUCCUACAGCUGCUAAACAACUCUUUUUUGGAGAAAGUGAUCUCCAAGAAUUUCUAACCCCUGUGGAAAUUGACUCUAACCCAGAUGCCUGCACUUCUGUGAAAGACCUUGGGCAAGGAUCAAGGCAAGAAAUGGGACAGCAUUUAAAUGCGGGUUUCAAUCAUAAUAAGGUUCAAUUUAAGCACCAGAAAUGGGUCCCAAAAGAGGGUAUAUCCCAGAAAGUAAAAUGGUUGAGUGAUCUGACGAAGCAAGAAAAAAAUACGGCCUUUUAUGGUGAAACAUCACUCUCAAAUGCACUUCAAUCCACUCCAUUGCAGCAAGGUUCACCCUGGACAAUUGAAUUUCUGAACAGAAUCAGGGAAAAGAGUCGUUCACGUCAGGAAUCACUCCCAUGUGACUUGUCAGCUCCUUGUUACGAAUACCCUGGUAAAUCAACAAAAUUUGCAAAGAGAAAGAGUCAAUCUACUCUGGAAUUUUACAAGUACCCAGGAAGCCGUUUCCAAGAGGUAGCAACCACGAGAAAGAGGCGUAAGAAAUGCAUGCAGCUACCAGCAUCCACUAGUGAGACGGCUUCAGAUCGUCCUAUUCCAUCAUGGACACCCAUUGAUAAGACAGCAAAACGGGAGCUAUCCUUUGCAACAAAUGGAAAUGGAGGGCAAACUAAACUGGUAUGGAGUGAUAAGAACUCUCAUGCAUUGGGAAGACGAUAUUAACUCUCACAUAAGAGGUAUAUUGGGCCAAUACAAGUGAGCUUUCAGUAAGCGUCAAACCAUAGAAUUUUUUGGGACCUUACAUUACUAGGGCAUAAAAUAUUAAUCAAAUUGCAUGAUCUUUUACAAUUCGUGUAGCAUAAUUUUGUAUUUCUGGUGUCGGAAAAAUGUUGUUCACCAUGUACCGAACCUCUCUUUUUCUAGUAGUAUUCUUCUUCUUUAGCAUCUCUGCUCUGUGAGUUCAGCCUAUUAUGGAAUUAAAGUGGCAAUCAACAAUAUCA